AUGGGGCCCGUCGAGACCCCCGAAAGGGUCGACAAAUUAUGGGAAACUAUAGAUACCCGCAAGCAGGGAUAUGUGGACUACAAUGGCUUGAAAAGGGGCCUGAAGAAGAUGGACCACCCCCUUAAAAAUGCAGACUCGAUGCUGCACCAGGUAUUCAAAACCGUCGACACGAGCGGUGACGGUCGCAUACAAUACAAUGAAUUCCGCGACUUCGUUUACCACGCCGAUGACGCUUUAUGGGAGCUUUUCCAGAGUAUAGACCGAGAUCACAAUGGGCAGCUUGAUAGGAAUGAGUUGAAAGAGGCCUUUUCCAAGGCUGGGAUCACGGUGUCGAACUCUACGCUCGACGAAUUCCUCGAACAAAUGGACCAAAACAAUGACGGCGUCAUCAGCUAUACUGAAUGGAGGGACUUUCUACUCUUCCUGCCCACAGACACGGCCAGCCUACGGACUGUUCUCUCGUACUACACAGCAACGGGAAAUCUAAACCCGGAGGGAGAUGUCGACAUCAAUGAAACUCUACAGGGUUUAGGUACUGAAAUCCCGACUCUCUACCACUUCCUCCAUUCCCUGGCGAACAUACUCUACCAUCUCUGUCAAGCCUCUAUCUCGAGACUCAGCGCUGCUCCAUUCAACCUGGUGGCUGUUGCAUAUGCCGAGACGUCCAGUGCCGAGCCAGCCUCCGAUCCGGAAUUGCUCGUGUUAGACGCUGACCUUGAGCUUGAGUGGCUGCCUGUUCCUCAGACUGUAGCUAUGUGGAUGUCGGUGCACUCUUUUGAACUGAAGUUGACGGACCUCUUCCCCCACCUAGGUUACUUCAUCGCCGGUGGAGUCGCUGGCGCCGUCUCACGGACAGCCACUGCGCCCCUCGACCGUCUGAAAGUCUAUCUCAUUGCCCAGACUGGCGUCCGCGAAGAAGCUGUCCGUGCGGCCAAAAAGGGUGCUCCCCUGAGCGCUGUCGGAAGGGGGCUUAAGAGCUUGGCCGAUGCAACCCAGGAGCUGUGGCGUGCUGGAGGCAUCCGCAGUCUUUUUGCAGGUAAUGGGUUGAACGUUGUCAAGAUCAUGCCAGAAUCUGCCAUCAAGUUUGGCGCAUAUGAAUCUUCAAAACGUGCAUUCGCUCGUCUCGAAGGACACAAUGACCCGAAACAAAUAAGACCAACCUCGCAGUUUUUAUCUGGUGGGCUUGGUGGCAUGGUGGCCCAGUGUUUUGUUUACCCGGUCGAUACAUUGAAAUUCCGCAUGCAAUGUGAAAUUGUAGAAGGAGGAAUUCAAGGAAACAAACUCAUUGCAGAGACUGCUCGAAAAAUGUGGCAAAGCACUGGCGGUCUUGCAUUCUUUCGUGGUCUGCCUCUGGGCCUCAUUGGCAUGUUUCCCUAUGCGGCCAUCGAUCUGUCCACAUUUGAAUAUUUGAAAUCAAGACUCCUUGCGCGCAAAGCUCGCUUGAAUAAGUGCCACGAGGACGAUGUACCGCUGAGUAAUUUUGCAACCGGAGCUAUCGGGGCUUUUAGUGGUGCUUUAGGCGCCUCCUUUGUCUAUCCACUCAACGUGUUGCGAACACGACUCCAAGCCCAGGGCACAGUUUUGCACCCGGCUACUUACGACGGAAUACUCGACGUUGUCCGCACAACGUAUCGAACCGAAGGACUUCGAGGGUUCUACAAGGGCAUCACACCCAACAUGCUCAAAGUAGCACCGGCGGUUUCGAUCAGUUACGUUGUCUAUGAAAACUCGAAACGUGCUCUCGAUUUGAAAUGA